AGAUUGCAGCCUGGACAUGUUCUCCUUCGGACGCAUCGCUUUCUUCGUCUCGGCCAAAAAACUGCCACUUCCAAAGCUCAGCAUUGAGCAGCUGAUGGAAAUGGCCAAGAUGCCAGAGUUUGUCGCAAUGUCCUGGCCAGAGGAGAGAUCAGACUUGCAACGACUGUGCCAGGAAAGGAUUUGCCCCCAGUGCUUGGAGUCGGAUCCGCGGAAUCGUUCCACUGCGGAGGAGACCCUGACGUUGUUCCGAACGCCGCGAGACCUUGAGUCCAGGUCCUGUCCGUCCUGGACGUCCGUGCUGCAAGCGGUGGAGAUGUCAGACGUGAGAUCUGGCUAUCUCAGUACCAUCAAUGCUAGCAUGGUGGAGCGGAAGAAGAAGACAUCCACUCCUCUCUGAGUCGGGUCACGCGUCCAUCCCAUCCCAUGGCCAGUAUCCCCAGGAUCCCCAUGAUCAGCUCCGUAGGAUCUGAGGUUUUGGG